CUUGGAACUGCUGCUGCACGCAAUGAAAUAGCUUCUUUAAUCCACCCAAUGUGAGACUGUCCGACCAAACAUCUUUACCUCAUUACAACUCUCGAUCAAGUCUUUAUCAUGACUCGUCUUGCACUCCUAUCCCUCCUGGCCGCAACGACUUUCUCGUCGGCCUUUGCCAGGCCAGCCGUCAGCGUAACCCCCGAUGCACAAACCGUCAUCGCCGACGUGAACGCCAUCAACGCGGGAGUCGUCAAUCUGAACCAAAACCUGGAGGCCUACCAGGGAGGUGUUCUCUCCCAGACUCCAAUCGUUGGCGACUUCCUCGAAAUCGAGGUGGCCAACCGCAAAGGCUAUGCGGAUGCCAAUCUGGCGUCGCCCUUCAGCCCUUCCGACUCGACAGCCCUCGUCAACGAUGUCAUUGCGACUGUCGGGAUAACGAUUCCGCAGUCGAUCCAGACUCUCAAGUCGAAGAAGCCCCUGUUCGACGCAGCUGGCGAAGAUGGCGUGAUUGUCUCGACGCUGAAAGUUCUGCUUUACGAUCACGACACCUUUUCCGCUGCGGUGGGAGCGAAGCUGACCGCGGAUCAAGGCCCUGCUGCAGCAGUCGUCUUAGAGAUACACGACGCAAUUCAAAGUGGGAUUGAUUAUUUCAGCUCCUAGGCUUCCAGAGCUGCUUAGACAGAUGGGCAUUGGGUCGGCCGGCGAGAGAGUGGGAGUGCAGGAUGCAACAGGCGAACGAGGAAGGGCUGUGAUUCUGCAAACUCUUUAACGGUAGCCUCGUGCAAUGCUCACGGAUCCGUACAC